GAUUAUAUUAACGUACUUUAGCCAACCUCAAAAAAAGUAAAAAUUAAUGGAUAACCUUCAGAAAAUAGCUUUAAACAAGAGCAUUCCACCUUGUAACAUUGUUUCUAAUAUGAAUACUAUUAUCUCUUUAUUAAGUCUGGAUCUUCAAAAAAAUAUCCAAAUUUCUAUUAAUAUACUUCGUCAAGCACUAGAUAAAUAUGGGUUAGCACUUUUUUCAAAAAAAAAAUAAUAUUCUUAUUCUUCUAAGUUUUAGAAGUAUUUCUAUUUCAUUUAAUGGUGGAAAAGAUGCACUUGUUAUGUUAAUUUUAUAUUUUUAUACACUUCGUCAAUAUAGUAGUAAAGAAAUAAGAAUGAAGAAAAUACCUGCGAUUUAUAUUCAGGAUCCAUAUUCUUUCACUGAAAUAGAAUAUUUUGUCAAAAAAUGUUCAGAAAAUUAUGUAUUAGAUCUUGUUUAUAAAAAAUCACCUAUGAAAACUGCGUUAAAAGAAUAUUUGGAUGAACAUUCAGAAAUCAAAGCAAUUCUUGUAGGUGCAAGACGUAAUGAUCCUGGAUGUUCUAUGUUAAAACAUUUUGAUCCAACAGAUUUUAAAUGGCCUUCAUGUAUAAGAGUUCAUCCAAUAAUUGACUGGUGCUAUUCCAAUAUAUGGGAGUUCUUAAGAAGCCUUAAUGUAGAAUAUUGUUCAUUAUAUGAUAAAGGAUAUACUUCUAUUGGUGGUACUCAAGAUACUUUUCGUAAUCCAGAGUUACAAUUAGAUCAUGAUAUAUUUAAACCUGCAUAUGAAUUGAUGGAUGGACAUAAAGAACGUUUAGGCCGAAAAUACCCACUAAAAAACUAUUAAAUAUGUCGAAAACAUAACAAUUUUCCUUCUUGGAUGCUGUAU